UGUGUGUGUGUGUGUGUGUGUGUGUGUGUGUGUGUGUCCACCGUGGUCGAGUAUGGCGCUCCGCACCGUCGUUAACCGCCUGUCACAUUUUCAGAGACACUCUUUCAAGAUUGUCACCAUUCAAACACCAGGAGCUGUCAAAUUCAAAACAACUUGUCCCGUAGAAUUGAGUCACCUGGACCAUUUGGUUCUCACAGUGAAAAGUGUCCCAGACACCAUCACAUUCUACACCUCAGUCCUUGGCAUGGAGGUCAUCACGUUCAAGGGAACCCGUAAGGCUCUGUGUUUUGGCCAACAGAAGAUUAACCUUCACCAGCUCGGUCAGGAGUUUGAACCCAAAGCCAAGCAUCCGACCUCAGGCUCUGCAGACCUGUGUCUUAUCACCAGCACCCCUCUGGGGACAGUUGCUGCACAUCUGAAGGACUGUGGAGUCGAGAUAGAGGAGGGUCCUGUGGAGAGGAGCGGGGCUGCCGGUCCCAUCACGUCUCUGUACUUCAGGGAUCCAGACCACAAUCUCAUUGAAGUGUCAAAGUAUAACCAGUCAACAUCAGAUGGGUCAUCUUGAGAACCCUUUGAUCAUGUUAGUGAACAUGAGGAAAGUUAUUUGGGCCCUGUAAGUCACUGCACUUAAGACAACACGUGCUAAAUAAAUAAAAAUAAUUUGGCUUUGCAGAAACACUGCUCAUGACUGUGACUAUGUAUGUACAAUGAGAGAUUAUACCCACAACAUGUUGAACAACA